GUUUGACGCAUCUGACCUCUUCUCGACCGUCUGUCUGCUUUUUACUUUAGCGAUCUGUUAACCGUCAUCGACCGAUGAUGAUUCAGGAGUCAACUGCCGUGAAGGACGAUGAGCUGAGUACAUACGAGGAGAGACAUCGCCAUUAUCAACGGGCUUCGACGCGCCUCAUAACCGUGGAACCUAUCUUGAUUCUGAUCAACAUGGUUCAGGGAGCACUCGUCACUUUACGAUCCCAGUACAUCGAGCAUCGCCUGGCUGAUGAAUAUAACUACACUCUCCCGACUGGUCAGAACAGCUGCGCCAGUCAGGAUCCGACUGACAAGUAUAUCGAGGACCAAACAUCAACCUGGGUGACAUAUAUGAAGGAUAUGUCGGUCUUUCCGCCGAUAGUUGUGGCCCUAGUGCUCGGGGCGGCCAGUGAUUUUGUCGGGAGGAGACCCAUGUUCAUCAUCAACGCAGCUGGACACUUCUUGGGAUCGACAUUGUUUCUGUUUAUCGCCAUCUUCAAGCUGCCGCUCCCGUUGCUCAUCGUAGGAGAGGCCAUGCUUGGCUUGGCUGGCGAUGCCGUCUUCACUGCCAUCAUAGCCGAAGCGUACGUGGCCGAUAUCUAUUCGGGUAAAGCCCGUACAUUCCGUCUGGUCAUCAUUGACGCUGUCAUCCUGUUUUCCUUUGGAAUCAUCCAGUUUAUCAUUGGAGAGAUCCUGCAGACAACGUGCAUCAACUUCAUUAUCGUUUACGGCAUCACCGCUGGGAUGGCCUUUGUUAAUCUCCUGUAUACCAUCACUCCGGGCCUCGUCUUGGAGACGGUGAAACGGAGACCGUUUCCUCGAGGAGUGAUCAAGGAGUUGAUCAUGAACAUCCUGUCUCUCUUCAGUAGUUCCCACGCUGGACGUAGGUGGAGUCUCUCACUGCUGCUUGCUAACGCUUGCCUCUGGACGUUAAUCUUCGAAGCAGCUGGAGGCAACAUCACCAUCUAUGGACUGUCUCCACCCUUCUGUUGGACGCCAGAGAUUGUGGGUGCAUACGGCGCCAUCAUUAACGUGCUACCAGCAAUAGUCGCUAUUGUCGCGGUACCAGUGUUUCGGCUUUGCAUGUCUUCAUACUGGAUGGUGUACAUCGGUUUUAUAUCCGGCAUCGGCUACAUGAUAACCACGGCACUGGCGCCUACAACGCUCUGGCUGGCCUUCCUGGCCCCCACGAUAGGUAUGUUCCUGCUGGUACCCCUGCCGAUCGUAAAAGCCAAACUGUCGGAGCAAGUAGACGACAAGGAACAAGGUGCUGUCUUUGGAUGUUUAGCCGUGGUGAUCAGCCUGGCCCGUUUCCUGUCGCCCAUCUUACUCAUGGGCGUGCUGAAGCUAGAGCUGAACAAGCCCAAAGGGGACCAACACCCUACCGUCACGUACUACAUGGCCGCUGGUAUCCUCUUGCUACCCAUAACGAUCAAUGUAAUCUUGCACAUCUUCCAGCCGAAGGACAUUAACUUCAAGCAGCUGGAUGAGACUGUUUCCUGUGCUGUUGAGAACGGAUUCAACCCCACCGAGAAAGACAAGCCAGAGUAGCCUUGCCCACGCGUCUGACUUCGAUUCUUCGUAACUGGCAAACUCUCUGUACGUGGGUGCUCUUUUCGCAUUGAGAAGGGGUUCCCGACAAUCGACCCAACAAUUUCUGCUCCCGCUGGAGGUUAAGACCAUAUUCUGCACUUAAAUCGUCGCUAUUUUCGCGGAACCCCUCCAAGAAAAUCUAUAGAACCGUUUGGAGCUUUUAGUCGUUUAUCUGAAGCUACGAAAGUUUUUUUGGGGGGAGGGUCGUGUCACUCUUUGAUGGCAUCUUAAAUAAAUUUUAUACAAGUAAUUUUUGUUCAUUUGUUACAUUUGUUAAAACAGUUUACCGACAGGGAGGGCAAAAAUAACGAAACUCCAACAUGUACACGGUCACAGAAGUAUGCCAAACUCCGUGGAACUCUAGAGUUUUCUUUGCGAUUUUGCUGUUACGAUUUUUUUUUUGCGCACUGUAUCCCGCAAUUCCCAGGAAGUCCCGGUAAACAUCCUAUAAUUGUGUGAUAAUUAUUUGUAAUUCGAAUCCCUGUCAGGCCACCUGUUGCGAAAAGAUACCUAAGUCAUAUAUGCCGGGGUUGUUUUCCGGCAUCCUCUGUCGAGCCGAUGAAUCAAAAGAAACGUUGCAUUCGAGUUCAUCGGAAGUCCAUCAUAACUUACAGGUCAUCCCGUCAAAAGCCAAGUCACUAGCUAUGAUCUGAAUGGAUUAUGCAUUCCUUUGCCACAUCCAAAGUCUCAAUUUUGACCAUGGCCGGAACUUUUUCUGGGCAGUUUAACAGGGCAUUGGUGUAUAGGGAGGGCAUCGUGUGUGGGUUUGCCGGCAAAAUCUUAAGAGGGUGUGUUAAAGAUUUCCUUGGCAUUUUAGCGAUGGAGGGACAAAAAGAGAGGCGUUGGGCUUUAUGAAAAUGAGGCUAUUUAUGAAUGACGUAUUUUCCUGUAUUUUUGUCUGAAAUUCGCAGAAUUAUUGGCCAUACUGAAUUGUUUUAAACUUUGCGCUAACUUAAAAGUAUAAUCUGAAAUAGAAGAAAACAACAAAACAUAUUCACCAUUGCGUUGAUGAGGAUGGGUGUGUGACGAUUGAGCAUGGAGCGCCAUAAAUGGCUGAAUUAUCGUUUAUUGAUUUUGGAUAAUUUAUUGACUCCUGUUUAAAUUAAUGUAACUUCAGUUAUAAAGAAUCUUUUUAAAGAUUUUAUGUAGAUUAAAGAUUAGUUUACAUAUAACUUCCGUUAAAGUCGGGAAAAAGUCUAAAUAGGAUAGUAAAGAACAGUAAUAAAUUGACCAAAAAUGAAGAAUAAUUAGUCUUUAGGUCGCCGAGUAAAUCAAGUUCGGCAUGCUUGAUUUAAAAGGUUAGCGCUUUGUAGUGCAUUCCUUCAUUUUGUUUCUAAUUGGCCCAAGCAUGCGUCCAGGUGGUUGUUUAAUAAAAAGCCUAACUAUA